AUGCCCAACGAGGAAUCUCUUGCCAACGGCACCAGCCGCCUCCGCAUCGUGUCGAAUCGUCUGCCCUUGACAAUCAAGCGCAGCGAUGAUGGCCAGUACAACUUCUCCAUGUCCUCUGGUGGCCUUGUCACCGGCCUCAGCGGUCUGUCCAAGACCAUGCAAUACGAGUGGUACGGAUGGCCAGGCCUCGAAGUACCAGAGAACGAGAUCCCACACGUGCAGGACAUGCUGAAGAAGGACUGCAAUGCGCACCCCGUCUUCAUCGAUGAUGAUCUGGCCGACAAGCACUACAAUGGAUUCUCCAACGAGAUCCUCUGGCCCCUGUUCCACUACCACCCCGGUGAGAUCACCUUUGACGAGUCUGCCUGGGCCGCCUACCACGAAGUCAACCAGCUGUUUGCCAAGACGGUUGUGGCCGACGUCCAGGACAAUGACAUGAUCUGGGUCCACGACUACCACCUCAUGCUCCUGCCACAGAUGCUGCGCGAGCUGAUUGGCGACACAAAGAAGAAUGUCAAGAUCGGCUUCUUCCUCCACACACCAUUUCCCUCUUCCGAGGUCUACCGUAUCAUUCCCGUCCGCGAGGCCCUGCUGUACGGCAUCCUCCACUGUGACCUGAUCGGCUUCCACACCUACGAUUAUGCCCGCCACUUCUUGUCCUCCUGCAGCCGGAUAUUGUCCGCCACCACGACACCAAAUGGCGUCGACUUCAACGGCAAGUUCGUCACGGUCGGCGCGUUCCCCAUCGGUAUCGACCCGGAGAAAUUUGUCGAGGGCCUCAAGAAACAGAAGGUCCAGGAGCGUAUCGCUGCAUUGAGGCGCAAGUUCGAGGGCGUCAAGCUCAUUGUCGGUGUUGACAGGCUCGACUAUAUCAAGGGUGUGCCGCAGAAGCUCCACGCACUCGAGGUCUUCUUGACAGAGCACCCCGAAUGGAUCGGCAAGAUCGUCCUGGUGCAGGUUGCCGUGCCCUCUCGGCAGGACGUCGAGGAGUACCAGAACCUGCGCGCCGUGGUCAACGAGCUCGUCGGCCGCAUCAACGGCCGUUUCGGCACCAUCGAGUUCAUGCCCAUCCACUUCCUCCACCAGAGCGUCAGCUUCGAGGAGCUCACAGCCCUCUACGCCGUCUCGGAUGCCUGUUUCGUCACCUCGACGCGUGACGGCAUGAACCUCGUCUCGUACGAGUACAUCGCCACCCAGCGUGAGCGCCACGGCGUCAUGAUCCUGUCCGAGUUUACGGGCGCCGCACAGUCGCUGUCCGGCUCGCUCAUCGUCAACCCCUGGAACACCGAGGACAUGGCCAACGCCAUCCACGACGCCGUGACCAUGUCCGCCGAGCAGCGCGAGGCCAACUACAAGAAGCUCGAGAAGUAUGUCUUCAAGUACACCUCCGCCUGGUGGGGCAAGCAGUUCGUCACCGAGAUGAAGCGCCUCGACGCCACCGUCGGCAAGGGCCAGGGCGGCAUCCCCGUCGGCAACGGUCCGCCCAAGAUCCCCCUCAAGGAGAAGGUCGCCGAGAAGGUGAAGGACGCGGUCGAGACUGUCACCGGCGGGAACGCUGAUGGUAACGAGACCGAGAAGGCGUCGUAA